UGAUGAGUGCAUGAGAUGGGAAGAGUGAUUGCAUGGUGUACACGUUACAUACUCAGCAAGGCAUUCAUCAACCCCCGACACACACACACAAUACACUCGCGUCUCCUCACUUGCACCUUCCAACCACUUGACUCGCUUGGCUUGUUUGCAUUGGCCACUUUAUUCUCCACCUGGUCAACGACGCCAUUCAUUCAUCUCUCGUUUCGAACACACGCACACACACACACAGCCUACCGUUUUCUUUGCAAGCGAAACCCUUCCCCCCCCCGCCACAUCUUCAAAUCCACUUCCAGCAGGAUGCCUUUCAAGUAUGACCCCGUGACGCUUGGCUCAAAGCCAAGCAAGGCCGUUCACCACGCCACGUCCCCCUUUAUGGGCCCUGUCGACAUUUACGAGACGGACGACUCGUAUGUCUUCAUCACAGACUGCCCCGGCCUCUCCUCCAAGGACGUGCACGUGCGCGUGACGACAGACCUGCUGCAGCUCUCUGGCGAGCGUAAGCAGCGCACCACGGGCACCGGCCAGCACUUCCACAGGAUGGAGCGCUCCUUCGGCACCUUCUGCCGCACCUUCCGCCUGCCGGCCGGCACAGACGUGGAGAACGUCAAGGCCACCUGCGAGCACGGCGUCCUCACCGUCACCGUGGCCAAGGACAAGGAGUUCCAGGAGAAACAGAUCAAGAUGGCCGACGCCCGCGCCGAGGAGGAGGGCGAUGGCAAGCUCAACCCAGAGUUUGAGGCCGUUCCCAUGACAAUCUUCCCCACGCCCGCGCUGGGCAAGAUUGUGAUUAUCAACUCUGAUGCCACGAUCCUUGAUGCGGUGAAGACGCUGUCGUCCAACCACAUCCUGUCUGCGCCCGUGCGCGACGUGACCCAGCCCGAGGACGCCUCGUGGACCGACAAGUACAUUGGCAUGGUGGACAUGGUUGGCAUUGUGUUCCACAUGCUUGGCGUUCUCGGCUCUGCCGCCGGCAAGGAGGAGGACUUUUCCAAGCAGAUUGAGUCUGUGGAGAGCUUCCAGAAGAUGCAGGUCAAGGACGCAAUCUCGUUCUUCCGCUUUGGGCCGUUUGUGCCUGUUGACCUUGAGCGAGGCAACCUGCUUGACUGCAUGCUGCUGUGCGGGCACCAUGGCAUCCGCCGCGUCCCCGUCGUCAAGACUCCAGGUGGUGACAUUGUCAACGUCAUCACCCAGAGCGCCCUCGUCCAGACGCUCGAGGCAAACCUCAACCGCUUCAAGGAUGUUGGCACGAAGACGCUGAAGGAGGUUGGCCUUGGGGACAAGGGCCUCUUGUUCACCGUCUCCCUCGACGACCCGCUCCGCUCCGCCUUUGAGAAGAUCAAGGAGAACGACAUCAGCGCUGUCCCGGUCGUCGACGCCGAAGGCAAGAUCCACGGCAACGUGAGCGCGCGCGAUGCCCGCCUUAUCGUCGGCUCCACCAAGAUCUACAAGCUCCUCGACAUGCCCAUCAAGACGUACCUGGAUGUGGUGACGGAUGGCGCCGAGAACUCUGCCAUCACGUGCAAGUCCACAGACAAGCUUGAGACUGUCAUUUCACAGCUUGUGCGCUCGCGCAUCCACCGCAUCUACGUUGUGGAUGACGAUGGCCGCCCCCUCCGCGUCGUCAGCCUCAGGAACGUCCUCACCAAGUUUGUCAAGGAGCCUGAGGGCUACUUCGGCCACUACUUCUCCUACUAGAGAGUGGGCGCCCUCUCCCAAAAAGCACUCUGCACACACCGUGUGGUGCCUGUGUGCUGUGUUCUCUGCUUUCCUCCCCCCCCCCCCUCUUUGCUUGCCUUGCGCGUUGACUGCUUUGGCUUUCGUUGCACUGCUGUGUUCUUUUUGCUUUCGUGUGUCGCUUGGUUGCUUGGUGUUGCGAGGCUUUUCCCUUUCCUUCGCGUCAUCGUUCGCCACCGGCCACCAUUAAAGUGUUGCGAUUUUCCGUGAA